GACAGCACUGAUCUCAGCUGGUUGGUCAGAGCUGAAGGAAGUGUGCUGCUCUUCCUGUGUUGUUAUCACUAAUAUCUGCACACUAAACGUUAGCUUAGCUUAUAUAUAUAUAUAUAUAUAUAUAUAUAUUAAAAAAAAGCAGCUUUUGGCUGAAUCGCGUGAUUUUGAACGCACACUAAGGAGACGAAAUCCCCCAUGGUGACAACAUGAAGAUGACAUCUUCCAAGAAGAAGUCUUUGCACAUCAAAGCAAAGAUAGGAGAGAGACAACACGAUGUGGUCAGAGUUAAAACUGAAUAUGAUUCAGAGGGUGAGGUGUACACUAAUGGAGGUGGUCUGAACAUCCAAAUCAAGGAGGAACCACUGUCACAGGAGAUCAGUGAGGAGCACAAUGGAGACUCAUCCAGCUGUUCGGACACUAAGGAUGAGGCAUCCAGGGCAGAUGUGCAGCAAGAGCAGGGACACGUAAAGGACGAGUGUGACUCUGACCAUCAGCCAGAACAGGAUUUCUCUGAAGCUGCUGUCAAGGAGGAAUCAGAGUCGUAUAUUAAAGAGGAGAGAGACAGUGAAGAGGAGGCAACAGGCAACAUCCAGGAAGAUUAUGGCGAGGAAGAGGAGGGCUGCACAGAGUCAUCGUCUGACUUCUAUCCAUGUCCUCACUGCACUGUCUCCUUCACUGACUUGGACUUCUUGGAGAAGCAUGUCAAGUGGGUCCAUCAGAAGGAGUAUCUUGCUAAGCUGAAAAAAUGCCUUUCAAGCCGCACGCUAAACCUCAUCCCUAAACACACCUGCACUGACUGCAGCAGCACCUUCAAAUCUAAAGUACACCUUAGGAUCCAUGUACGUGAAGCCCACCCUUCUGCCCCUCCCCGCAGGCUCCACCCCUGUCCAACCUGUGCACGUAGCUUCCAGUACCUGAAGAAUCUGAAGAAUCACUGUAUACGCUGGCACAGCAUGUCUGUGGUUACCAAAGGAGGGCAUCUGAGCUGUGCCAGCUGUGGGAAGAGUUUCAAAGCUACCUGGGGUCAGGGGCCGCAUUUGUGUCAUGAACCGCAUAACACAGAAUCUGAGGAUAAACCAAUCUGUCUGGAUGUCGGUGUGCAGUGUCCAGAAUGUGGCAAGAAGAUAGGCACCCCUCAAAGCCUGGAGGAUCACAUGCGCACACACACAGGCGACCGGCCGUUUGUCUGUAAGGAUUGUGGCAGGAGGUUCGUGGAGCGCAGCGGUUGGCGGCAACACAUGAAAAUACACUCGGGGGAGAAGCCGUACAUAUGUCAGGUGUGCGGGAAGGCCUUUUUAAGAUCCCACCACCUCAAGUGCCACUUAACCACACACUCCGGCAAGAAGGAAUAUUCUUGCACUGAAUGUGGAAAGGAAUUUGGAUUCAAGUCAAGUCUCAAUCUCCACGUGAGGACACACUCCAAUGAGAAACCCUUCCACUGCAAUGUGUGCGGGAAGGACUUUAACACCCAGAGAAACCUGAGGGUUCACUCCAAACUCCACACCAAUGAGAAAGCUCACCAGUGCGGUGACUGUGGGCUGAAGAUCGGAGAUCUCGGGGCUUUGAAAAUACACCUGCGAACACACACCGGAGAAAGGCCUUACCACUGCACAGUCUGCGGCAAUAGGUUCAUUCGUCUAUCACAUCUGCGAAACCACCAACGCACCCACACUGGUGAGAGACCCUACAAAUGCACUGAAUGCGACAAGAGUUUCACUCAGUCUGGAGACCUGGUGAAGCAUAAGAGGAUACACUCUGGGGAAAAGCCCUUUGAAUGCCCAGACUGCCACAAUCGUUACACCUCCUCUGGUGAUCUGGGCAAGCACAGGAGGAGUCACACUAACCUGCGUCCUUACACAUGUCAAGAAUGUGGAAAAAGCUUUCGCUUGUCGGGCCAUUUGAAAACCCACAUGUUAACUCACACAGGGGAGAAGCCUUAUUCCUGCCCUAACUGCCUCCGCAGGUUUGCUCGCUCUCACCAUCUGUCUGGCCAUGUGGCUAAAUGUCGCUGAGCUUUCAUGACAGGACUGUAAAUAAGCUAUGCUGAUUUGAAGAUGUAACCAUGGGAACUGUAUCUAGUCUUCUACUAGGUUUGUUAAUGAAUGUGUUUAAAGUUAACUCAUGUCUGUACACAAUUAUUUAUAUGAACUCUCUGUACCUCUCACUCAGAUGACUGUUUUAACUUAUAAUGAAAAGUGAAAAAAACACACACAUUUGUGUAAUUGUAUGUAACUUUAAAGCACUAUCCUGGCGGGGCCUUGUAUGAUUUUUGUGCAGGGUAGUUCAAAACACUAAUAUAAUGCAGGCUUGAGGACAUGCAGAUAAUGGAUUGUUUAUUCCUCCACAGACCAAUGUUGUAGUAUUUGUACAAAUGUAAUAAAUUAUUUGAUGAAU